AUGUUCAAUCGUUCUUUAACCACCUCAUCCUCAUGUUCACGGUCGAUCGAAAAUGAAGACCAUGAAGACUCUUGUGAGAAUUCACACUUGGAAUCUUCCUUGCAAUGCAAUAAUAACUCGAAUGACCCUCUACUCUCUCAAUCAUUUAAAGGUUAUAUUAAAAUUGAUUCCUCCAAUAAGAAUUGGGACUUGGAUGCCAAACAAAUCAAACUCUUCAAAAAAACCAAAUGGAUCAUUACAGAGAAAGUUCAUGGAGCUAAUUUUUGUUUUCGUUUAUCAAGAAGGAAUGAUUUGUCAUCAACAACCUCCAUCAUUCUUAUUGAAUGCGCGAAAAGAAAGUCUCUUCUCAAAGAUUCCGAUCAAUUCUUUUACUUUCAAAAAGUGAAAGAGAAAUUACAAUCACAUUUAGAAACUAUCUUUCAAUUGGUAGAAUCUAAAUUUAAUGAUAUACAUUAUGUCUAUGUAUUUGGAGAAUUAUUUGGUGGAUAUUAUCCAGACAUGCCUCAAUUACCUGGAAUUGAACAACCGAUUCAAACAGGAAUAUGGUACACCAAUGAUAUUGAAUUUUAUGCCUUUGAUAUUGCAUUUGAAAAGAAAUUGGAUCAAAUUCAAACCUUUAUCGAUUAUGAAACUUGUCUUUCUAUUUUUUGUCAGGUCGGGUCAAAACAUCAAGUAGGCUCCAACACCACAAAAUUAUUUUUACAUGCUGAACCGUUAUUUAUUGGAUCGUAUGAAGAAUGUAUGGAAUUUCAAAUUAAAUUUGAGAGUAAAAUUCCAAAGAAAUUGGGAAUGCCAUCGAUCAAGGACUAUUCCAAUUAUGCUGAAGGGGUGGUUAUUAAACCGUUAAAGGAGCUUACCAUUUCUAAAAAAGGUAAAUUAGAAAGAGCCAUCAUUAAGAGAAAAAUACAAGAGUUUUCAGAAAAGAAAUAUGAACAAGCUCAAAAGUGGACAUCUAACCAGACAGAGUUGUCGUCUGACCAUAACUCUUCAAUAGAUAAUUUUGAAUUCAUCAAAUAUGAAACCAUGUCCUGUGUGACCAUGAAUCGAUUGAACAAUGCCAUUUCUAAAAUUGGAUUAAUUCAUAAGAAUGACAAGACUCAAAUGAAUCAAUUAUUGAACGCAUUUGUACAGGAUGUUUUUGAUGAAGUUAAAGAAAGCAAUAUGGAAAUGUAUGAGCAAAUCGAUGCAUCUCAAUUGAAAGAGUUGAACGAUUUAGUAACAUUGGAAUGUAAAAAAACAAUUUAUGAAUACUUUAAACAGAUGAAGUAA